UAAUCAUAGCCAGAGAAUAAAAAAUGUGAACGAACCGCGAUUUUGUCCGUAACUGCAAACGGAAAGUCACGCUCUGUUGUUUUCCGCGUGUGUAUGUAAGAAAAGCCAACACAACCAAUAAAGCUAACUUUUUAUUUCUUCUUGGUUGUGAAGAUUCUGACUGACACAAGCAGAGUGGUACUUCUGAAGCAGAUUGUUUCUUCUUCUUCACACUCCGCUGCGCUGCGAGAUUUCCAUGAUUGUCCCAUCCAUUUCAGGAAGGGUUUGGUGAUAGAUUCAAUAAUCAAGGUUUAGUAUGGCAGAUUCUUUGAUAUCCAGAAGUAAAAGUGAUGUAACGGCAAUGAAGGAGACACUUCGUACGCAGCAGCAACUUCUGGAAAAGCUAUAUGCUGAGUUGGAUGAGGAAAGAGAAGCUUCAGCUACCGCAACGAGUGAAGCAUUGGACAUGAUACUGCGUUUGCAGGGAGAGAAGGCUGUGGUGAAGAUGGAGGCGAGUCACUACAAGAGGGUGGCAGAGGAGAAGAUAGGCCAUGCCGAGGCCUCUAUUGAGGCUUUUGAGGAGCUUAUGUACCAGAAGGAAAUGCAAAUUGCGUCUCUUGAGUUUCAAGGCCAGGCUUAUAGACUCAAACUUAUGAGCUUUGGGUGUGAAGGUUUUAAUGAGUUUGAGUUCCUAGAGGAUCUGCUGUUGAAGAGGGGUGAUCAAAGAAAUGGAGAAAAUGGGGGUAGGGGUAGCACUAUUAGAAGGCUACAUUCAAUGCCCCCCAUUCAGUUUCUGAGUUCCCUGACUGCUGCAAAGAGGGAAAGAUCAACUAGUCCAGUUCUUGAUGUGAUUCCUAUGAUAAUGGAGGAGAGUACUGACAAGGAAGUUGCUCAACCUGGCUUGGAUUUGACACGAAAAUUAGUUGACUUUGCAUGUGGCAGUGGAACUCUUGAUUCAUAUUUGAACAAGAUAAAGGAGUCGGAUGAACAGGUGAGGGUGAUUUCAGAUUGUGAUGAAGGAGAAAAAAGUGCAAAUUUGAGUAGUAGAAGAGGGAGGUCUUCUUCAAUUUUAUCAAAGGCUAGCACUAAGAUGGCCUGUGAUCAAACAGAAAGAUUGCUCUCAACUAACUUUGAUGAAGUGAGUCCAGGUGAAAGCACACACACUAGAGUAGUUGUUAAUGAUUCUCCUUGCUUGCUUAAUGUCCAUGAUGUGUAUGAAGUCCCACAAACUAGUGAAAAGCAUGAAGUCAGUGAACAUAGAGAAAAAAGGGUUGAAAGAUUGAAUUCUGAUGCAUUGAACAAAUUAACAAAACCAGAUUCUGUGUCUGAGGGAAUGGUAGAAUCACUUGUUAAACAUGGUGCAGAAAAGAAAAAGGGUAUGUUUAAAGUAUAUGGUGAAAUCAAAACUCCUUGUCCUAAAGAUAUGAUGACUAUCAUUGGCCACAUGGAUUGUAAUUCUCAAGCUGAGAUUCAAAAGCUGAAUCAGAGAAUUGAGAGGCUUGAGAGGGAGAGAAUUAUUGCAAGGCAAGAGGUUACCCAUGAAGGGAAUGGUGAAGAGAAAUUGAGGCUGUUAAAGGGCAUACAACGUCAACUCCAAAUAAUACAAUCCGAGAUGAAAAGCUUGAAAACCGAAAAAGCCACUACUAUGGAUGAUGUUUCUUUGGCUUCCCUCCAAGAGGCAAUGUUGCACUUUUGGCUCUGAUGAAGUAACUACAGAAUGACCAUCUUAGACGACCAAUCAACCCACUUACUGUAUUACAUGAUGUAUAAUUGUACAUACGGUUUGUAUACACAGGAUUUUUUUAUGAUAGAAUUGAAUUUAGUACCAGCAAAUGUAUGCAAUUCAACAACAACGUCUGGUAUAUACUAGGCACUAGAAUGAUGGCAAUUUAAAAUUUUUUUAGGCUUGAAUAUUGCUUCCCUUGUCUUUUUUCUUCUCGAGAUUGAGGUUGUGGUAGCUAUUAGAUUGAAAAUCUUUCUAUAGUUCAAAAUUGAGACUGUAUGCUCACAAUGUUAUAUUGAAGUGGAAGUAUAUGAAUGCCCUGAAUUCCUCUC